CAAACGUGGUGAUCGGAUCCAAUUCCCAAACCCUCCAAAAAAACCCAGUGUUUUCAGUAUUCUCCUCGCCCGAUCUUCGCUCGACUCGUUGAAGCUCUGAUAGAUAAUAAUGGAGGAAGUACAAGAGAGAGCAGAGAACUUCACACUCGUUACUAGAAAGUCCUGUUUCAAUCUCCCCACCGCCUGCCCUACUUGCUUGCCCGUUUAUUUGUAUCUCAAACUUGCUCGAGUUCCCUUUCAGUUGGAUUUCAAUUCCAUAUUCCCUGACUCAGAUCAAAUUCCUUACGUUGAGUCUGGAACUUUUGUGGCCUAUAAUAAUGAGAAUGGUGGGGUUAUCGAUCGCCUGAAGGAAGAUGGUCUUGUUGACCUGGACACUGAGAUCCAUUCUGUGCCAGAAUGGAUUUCUACAAAAGCAAUGAUUACCUCCUGGCUGGCUGAUGCAACUGCGUAUGAACUCUGGGUGGGGUCUGAUGGAGAUUCUGCCUACAAAAUUUAUUUUUCUGAUCUUCCAUGGCCAAUAGGGAAGGUUUUAUUCAUCAAGCAAAAGUAUUCCGUAAAGCAGCGACUGGGAAUUACUAAAGCCAAUGCCGAGCAAAUUGAAGAAGAGAUAUAUAAAAGAGCGAAGGUUGCUUAUGGCGCUCUGUCAGCGAGGUUAGGGGAACAGGAAUUUCUCUUUGAGAACAGACCAUCAAGUUUGGAUGCUCUUUUCCUUGGACAUGUGCUUUUCACUCUUGAGGCACUACCGGAGACAUCGGUUCUGCGGAGCAAACUCCUUGAACAUGAUAAUAUUGUACGGUAUGCUGAAAAGCUUAAAAGGGAGUUUGUAGAAGGCGGUUCAUUGCCGUCCUCUCUCCCACAGUUAUCGGGAGACCCUUCAUCAUCAACACCAAGAAGAGGUCCUUCAAAAUGGAGUUCAAAGCCCAAGAACAAACCUAAGAGGGAGAAGACGGAGGAGGAAAAGACUUUCAAAAGAAGGGCCAAGUAUUUUUUGGCCACACAAGUAGUUGCUGUCGUUCUUUUCCUAUCAAUCAUUGGGGGACAUGAUUCUUCCGAGGUGGAGCUUGAUGACGAUGAUGAAGGUUAUUAUGGCACGGACUGACAAAACAUUCGUACACCGCCGAUUAUUCUCAUAUGAAUUUUUUUCCUUCUUGACGACGAUGAUGAAGGUUAUCAUUGAUAUUCAUCAAUGAUAACACAGUCUUCUUGACAGCAGGAUUUAAAUGUUUUGUUUAUCCGUUCCGUUAUUCUUCUUUUCCCCCCUUAAAUAAUAUUGCAAUUUUUUUUUUUGAAAAAUAGCCAUUCAUAUAAAUCAAACAGUGUGACAGGUACAUUAGUUUGAGCAGAGCAAUACCCAGGUCGCUUUGAAGGAAUGCAUCUGAAGUAGUACUUUCUUCCUAUUGUAUCUUCUUUGUUUUACAUAUUUGCUUAUUACAUUGAAAGUA